UGUUCCAUACGAAACUCUCACAUGUUACUCUUCUUCUUCUUCUUCUUCUUCUUCUUCUUCUUCUUCUUCUUUUUCUUCUUUUUUUGAGAAUCAACAAUGGCGGAAUCCAACAAUUGGAAUUCAGAAUCUGAAAGUAGAGAAAUGAAAAGGGGAAAACAGAGGGAUCAAGAACAGAGAGAUCAGAAACAUCCAAUUUACAGAGGCGUACGAAGAAGGAGUUGGGGUAAAUGGGUGUCGGAGAUCCGGCAACCGAGGAAGAAAUCUCGGAUAUGGCUGGGGACUUUCACGACGGCGGAGAUGGCGGCACGUGCACACGACGUGGCGGCGCUCAGUAUCAAAGGUGAUUCCGCCAGGGCCAUUCUCAAUUUCCCUCAACUCGCCGGUUUGCUUCCCCGACCGGUGUCGUUAAUGCCGAGGGAUAUUCAAGAGGCGGCUGCCAAGGCGGCGGCGAUGGUGGAUUUUGAUUCCGAGACGGUGUCGUUUUCGAAUGGUGAAGAAGGGUCAGAUGAACUGGGGGAAAUCGUGGAAUUGCCCAAUAUUGAAGAGGAUAUAAGAGCCGAGUCGUGGAACGAGUUCGAGUUCAUUGACUCGGUUGAUUGGUGGGGAAAUCCGCCGUUUACGGCAGCGGAAAUGGAUUUCUGUGCGGUGUUUUCAGAUCAGAGUACGGCUCCAGUCACCUUUGACCUCGGAGAUUGAGAAUGAAAAAGAAAAUUUGUAAAAGAAAUGUCCAUUGGGGUUUGAUUUUGGUUUCGGUUGUUUAUUAUUCUUCCUGAUUAACACGAUUAUUAUUUGUGAAA